AUGGAGAACGGCAUCAGAGCUAUCUCAAGAAAAACAUUUGGGAGCAAAUCAGCUCAAAAACGUCGUCGUUCGUUGCCAGUAUUAGGAAGACUGUGGGAAAACGUUGAAGAAGAAACGUGUGCCCACGAAACGAGUAUUACUGGUCGUCGCAAGUUGCGGGAGAAGCUGAUAAGUGACCCUUCGUCUCUUGAUACCUUACGAAAUCACCUCAACACACAAUUCUCCAAAGUUACGUCCCAUUACAGUGAAAGACUGAGUAAUUCUGCGACUUCAGUUAAGGCGUUACUGCGUCGAAAGCUUUCACAACCAGUCAGGGCGUGGAAAACAAAACCUGAAGAAUACAGAAGACUUCAUGAAGAUAAAAAUGACCCAGACAAAAAAUGGAGAGAAUGGGGACCAUAUUUAUCCGAACGUCAAUGGGGCACAGUACGCGAGGAUUAUUCAAGUGAUGGAAGCUGGUAGGUUGUAUUCAGUGUUUGUUUGUGUUCUUUCUUUUUGAUUUGUUCAGGCAAUUUAGUAUGUGCUCUAUCUGAGGCAACGACUAAAAAUUUCCUAUACUCCAAAUAGGUCUGCUUUUUUAAAAAAGAAGAAAGCAAAAAAAUGUUUUUAAAACUUUGGGACGUUUCGAGAAGUUGCAAAUUUAUUAAGAAAACAUCAACAUUUCCAUUUGUUUUUCUUGCUCGUUUCUCGAUAGUUCCUUCUCAAAGGUUUCUGUUGAUGUCAAGUUGAACCACAAGUUUUCUUAAAAAUAUAUUUUUACGAAAACUAGGUCUUUUUAUCUUUUUUUAAAUUUCAUGUUCUGUGCUUCAAAAAACGAAAGCCGAUAAAGUCAUCUACGGAAAUGUAGUACUUAACAACGAUAUAUACCCCCAGAUGUCAUUGACAGAUGUACGUCAUGCACUUGAAUCCCUAUUAAGGAACCAAUGACUAGGCAAAACGGUUGUGAUUAUCACAUUGAGAAAUGAGCUACUAAUUCACGAAGAAAGCAUUACUUGAAAAAAUCCUCGUCGAGAAAAACUAGAGUCCCCUGAUUAUCUAGAACGAUUAAUUAACCCAGGGAAUAAACCAAUCGAAAAAAACUUUUAGCCUGUUUAUAUUUACGGAUUUCCGGUCGUUGAAUUGUAGCUUUAGUUUUUCCUUACGUUUUCAUAGGAAACCAAAACUACUCAUGUUUUAAUUUUGGUAUUUGAAAGGAAAUAGCUCAGAUGUGGGUUUUUUCGCUUGAACCGGAAAGUGACGGGAUUGACGUUAAUCCAGGAUUAAUUCUACCGACAUUUUCUAACGCGGAAAAUUUUUUUCCUUGGGUUGACAGUAUUCUGUUUUUUCAUUUUCAAGCUAACUGCAUUUUAAGACAUACCAGCGUCGAUACCCGAGAAUUCACCUAUAUAAAGAAAUUGCCUCCAAAAUUCCACGAUUCUUGGGUAAUGACUUGAUCGUACAUUUAGCAACAUCAGUGAUUUUCGCGUACUUUGCGCUUCAGUUUCCUUCUAGAAGAGGUAAAAACUCGGAUCUAUAAUGUUAUUUUUUCUUUGGGUCCACAGUCUCGUCUUUACUCACAAUGUAUAUGAUCGUCAGACUCGUAUCUUUAUCACUAUGAGAAUGUCCUGCACUAUCUAUUUCAAACACAUAAAAAUUCAAUCUAAUCGACCUUUUUUCCGGUCGAUUUUAAAGUACACACGGCGAUGUUGUUCGAUCUAGUACAGUAAGCCACCUGGUAAGCCACAUUAAUCUCAUCUUCAGUCACUCACGCUCGCUUCCUGCCGAGAUGUUAAGUCAGGAAGUGAUUCGACAAAUCUUCAAGGACAGCAAGCGACUUUGAUUCGAGAUCUUGUAUUCAAAAACACGUGUUGUCACAGUGACAAGACUGUGAUUUUACGAGGAUGCUACUUAAAUAUUCUUCCUUUUUCUUUGACAACAGUUAAACAAUUUUUAGAAAAAAUAGUUUAAUUUUCUCCACUAUAAGAAAAAAAAAACAGUUAAAAACAGAAAAAGACAGUUUUUCUUCUGUGCAGUCCACCAAAAGCAGCGGGAGUAUUAGACAUUGCCUAGGUAGAAUAAAAACUAUUUUUCAUCUGACCGACAAAGUUGAUAUCCAUUUAGGGCCGGUCUUUGAUCCGAGGGAGGGCAGAUAAAUUUAAUGGGUACAUGAGUAUAUAUAUGUGGCGACAAAUUAAGGCUACAUUAUUUUUGCAAGGAGUUUUGAUAUAAAGAUGUUGACCGUUGGAAUCUUAAAUAGCAAGAGUAAGGAUUUGUGUUAUUAGUAACCAGUGUCACGAAUUAGGUAUGUCAAGUUUUUUUUUUGUUUUUUUUUUGUUUUUUCUAUCAAGAGCAAUUUAGGUCAGAUUCGGGGUAGGAAAUUCUCAUAUUUUGGUCUGUAAUAGGGCAAGAGUGUAUAAAACUUGCCGCACACACCCACCAUAAGAGUCAAAACGACUUUAUUACAAGCAUGGCCUCUGCGUUUUUUAACCUUUCUAUUACAAGGUCAAGAAUUUCAUCCAGCAAGAUUAACAGGUUAUACCUGCCUUACUUGCGAGUAGUUAACACUCAGUAUUUAAAUUAACUCGUAAGUUGAUUAGUGGGCGAGCCAGUAGAGUGAGAAGCUAAUCCAGCCUCCCUGACUCGUUCUAAUUAAUGUCACAGGGUACAAAAAGGACCGAAAAUUUUGUUUUGGUGAUGAGUGAGCGGUGAAGGGAAAAUUAAGUCUGGGUUGUUUUGUGAAGUUCGCGCGCGAGAAUCAACGUUUCGCUUCUUGGGAAAAAAUCAACUGGUCUAGCAUUCUUGCAGUCUUGUUACAAUAUUUAAUGAAUAAAUAAGGAUAAAUAAUGAAUAUUUCUACGGUAUUAUCAAUCUUCAGCUGGGAGUAUUUCCCGCAUGACCACGCCCGGUCACGUGCUUAUCGAUGGGGAGAGGAUGGUUUACUAGGAAUUACGGACCGGGAGUGCCGGCUGUGUUUUGGUUUGGCUUUGUGGAAUGAAAAAGAUCCCAUUCUGAAAGAGAGACUAUUCGGACUCACUGGUACAGAAGGUAAGAAUCACUGUCUUGAAGCCCGUACAUACUUGAGGUACUGGCCAGGAAGUAUAUGUGCCCCUUGCUUUAAGUUUGUCUUUAAAAAAAUGUAAACAGUUUACUCAGUUUUGUCUUGGGUAAAAAACAAGUUAUCUUAGACUACAAGUAGUCCCUUAUUCUUCUCAGAGCUGGUAGAGCGGGCGAAACUACGCCAGUGCGGCGCGUCAAAAUCGCCACCAACGAGAAAGCAACACGCGGACGGCGGGGGGGAGAGAGUUUUUUUUUUUCAUUUGAGUUCCUCCGUGUCUCACUUCUUCUCGCGCGUGAUGAUUUUCACGCACGCACGCUCGCGUAUUUUGCGUGUUCAACUAUCCUCGGGUAAAAUGACUGAUUUAUAGUCUAAAUUCUCUUUGUAGUGAUAUCAAUAUCAAUUGUAUUCGUCAGGAAAUCAUGGUGAAGAUGUGAAGGAAUGCUAUUACUAUCUUGAUUCCACUCCAACACAUUCUUACAUGAAGGCCCUGUACAAGUACCCUCAGAAUGAAUAUCCUUAUAAUCGACUGGUGAAUGAAAAUAAAAACAGAACCAUACAGGACAGAGAGUUUGAGCUGGCCGACACUGGUAAGUAACGGUAUUUUUCCUUAGAGCUAAGAAUUUGUGUUUGCUGUCAAUGCAGUGAAUUACCUUUUAACAUAAGGGCCUGCGUCGUACACCUUGACGAUCUUUAGCAAGAACUUGAUGCCUUUUUUAUGAUUAAUGUAAUGAAAAUAGAAGAUAGCAGAAGUUUCAAUCAAUAGAAUUUUUUUCGUGUUUAACGUCGGUAAUUAUGAAAAAACCAUGUUAUAAAAAAGGAACAUUGCCGAGACCCGGGAUGAUUCGGAGCUCAUGCCAGCUCUCCGGAUUUGAACCAGGGACCUUCAGAUCUUCAGUCUGACGCUCUCCCAACUGAGCUAUCUCGGCAACUGGUUUUUAAUAGUCAGAUACAAAAUUAAAACUAAUUAUUAAUUUUUUUUAUUAUUUUUGUUCAAGGUAUGUAUGUAGUCGUGUCUUCACAAAUUGUUAUUUCAAAAACUCUUUUAAUUAAUUCAUUAAUGGGAAAGUUUAGAGGUACAGUUAAAAACACGAAGAGCCAGCCAAUCUGAAACCCUAACAAUCAGGGAUACAUACUGUAACCACAUGAUUGUUUUCUAAUACUGUAGGAGUGUUUGACGAGGGACGCUACUGGGACAUUUUCACGGAGUACUGCAAGAGCACACCUAGCGAUGUCCUUAUCAAAAUUACUAUAGCAAACCGCGGUCCUGAAGAAGCGCGGGUGCACGUCUUACCAACGCUAUGGUUCAGAAACACCUGGAGCUGGGGCUGUGAUCACGAGGGAUGUGACGUAACAGACGAAUGCAAAAGAAAACCGAGACUGAUGAAGACUAACAAGCCCGGGGAAGUGGAAUGUCAACAUGAAAGCUUGGGAAGAUACAUUUUUAUGGUUGAUAACGACCAGGAUGGAUUAACGCCAGAGUUGGUUUUCACCGAAAAUGAAACCAAUUUAAGGGUAAAGUAGACUUAAAAGACUUCAAUAAAGUAGCAUGCGCAACAGAGGGACUAAGAAGCUAAGAAACAGCACUGAAAUCCUUGUUCUGGGCUCCUACCUGGGUUCCAGGAUUUGAGCACCCACCAUGACUGGUCUGUUAAAAAUUCCAUUGUUGUUUUGCUGAUCAGGUUGAAGGGAAAUUUGACAAUAGGCCAUUUCCGAGUUCCCCAGGGCCUCUGUUUCUAAACGAGAGUAGGUGCUCAGUCUUUGAUAUGGAAAUCAUUUUUCAUUCUCAUGCAAAUAAAACUCAUUUUCACAAGAAAGGUUGUGCACCUAGCCUCAUUUUGAAAGUGAGGGUUUUUGGAACUCGGAAGUGGCCUAUUAGAUUACGCGUAGAAAGACAGGACCUUAAAAACACAAGAUCUGGAGUCCCUAACUUCGAUUGCUUCUUUCUUGAAUAAAAAUGUACUUCAACAGUCCUUCUAUAAUUGCAGUCCCUCAACUUCAAUGUUUUGUAAUUUUUAAGCAGCUUCAGUCGCAAUUUACAUUCCUGCCGCCUUGACAGAGUAAACUGUUCUCUCAGAAUCGGACUAACUAUACUCUUCUAUUUGUUAACAGAAGCUCUACAAUACUGCAAACACGUCAUCCUUCACAAAAGAUGCAUUUCAUCGUUACGUCAUUAAUAAUGAUACAAAAACUGUUAAUGCACUAAAGUUUGGCACUAAAGUGGCAGCGCAUUAUGUUCUCACGGUCCCUCCUGGAGGACAGCACGUCAUCCGUUGUCGUCUCUCGGCCCUGCCCAACGCAGCACCUCUUCCACACAGUAAAAAGCCUUUUGAUGAGUUUGAUGUAUUAGUCACACGAGCGAGGCAUCAAGCAGAUGAUUUUUACAAGACUGUUAUACCAGGUAAGAGAGUUGUUGUUGUUCUUGUUGGCUGUAUUUCUCAAGAAAAGAGGAAACAAAUUGGCUCACUGAUAUCAGAGGAAAUUUCUUGUGUGUUGAUAGAACAAGUGUCUCCUUAGGGAACUAGCAAUAGUAGCAGUCAACAAAACCAGUUAGAUACCCCGCUAGUUACGUUAGCCCGCGAAAAGCUGACGAAAUUCGUUCUCGCUCGUGAGGGUAAUGCCGCGAGAAUAGUGUCUCUUCACCAUUCUCCUCGCGGCUUCGCAACUCCUCUCAGCCUCAAUGCGCGUGGACGUGACGAUCCCGCCCGCUACACAGGCUACAGCUGAGUGUACCAAGGCGUUACAGUUUCCAAUCUCUUUCGAACGUGAUCUUCUAAGUUAGUUAGUGUAGUUCCGAGCUGUCGUUUUGUGAACUUGAUUAUACGUCUCCAUUUUUUGCUUAGUAGCUCCCGCAUUGUCUGGAUGAUAACUUAUGUAAUGUCAUUCUAUUUUUUGACAGAGUCUCUUUCAGAUGAAGAAGUAGUAGUAUCGCGCCAGGCUUACGCGGGAUUACUGUGGAGUAAACAGUUUUAUUAUUACGUCAUUGAAGAGUGGCUAAAGGGUGAUCCCAGCAUGCCUUGCCCACCGAAUGAUCGCUUGAAAGGGAGGAACGCGGAGUGGAAAUAUCUACAUAAUAAGGACAUUAUAUCCAUGCCAGAUAAAUGGGAAUAUCCUUGGGUAUGUAAAGAAUUAUCUGGCCCCGAUUGUUUGAAAGAAUUUUAAUAAAACCUUAAUCCUCGGUUAAACCAGGUUAUGGGCUCUUGGUUAAACCUAAUAUGAAACAAUUUUUGUUUCGUUUAGUAAAAUUGAGCACAUGUAAAACAUCGAUUAGCCUUUAUUCAAGAACCCGGUUAGACCAAAAUGAGAAUGGUAAAUCACGGUCUUUAAGAAAGUCAGCCUGCGUGGAACUGGGGUGGGCUCGAGGCAAAUGUAAAAAAGUGAUGACUCUAAGAAUAUCAGAACAUCAACCUUAAAUGUAGGAGCUUGACUAUCGGGACUAUCAGAUGCCGAGAUAGCUCAGUUGGGAGAGCGUCAGACUGAAGAUCUGAAGGUCCCUGGUUCAAAUCCGGAGAGUUCGCAUGAGCUCUGAAUAAUCCCGGGUCUCGGCAAUCUUCGAUUGUUUUUUUUUCUCUCUGUCAUGGAUUAUUUUGACAGUGGCCAGUAAAUCCUGUGUUUCCAACAGUGGUCAACGAUCCUAAUGAAGUUCUUAUAACAGAAGCAGACUGAAGUAUUUUAUUGGGUUGUGCUUUUAAUUGACUGUUAACGGAUUUUCUUUUUAAAUAAGUAAAAUUCUCUCGAAUGCUGGCCUGAGUAUAGCCGUUUCUCUUACUUCAAAAAUUAAGACUCCACUGCACUGCGUUUUCUUUUUUCCGAUUUCCAAUUCCCUUUCUUUCGGUUGCUUGAGCUUCAUACUUGCAAGUUGUCUCCACACAAGUUCAGAAUCAUCAGCGAAGGUCAUACACAAGGAAACACCACUCGGUGCAGUUAAUUUAGGACCUUCCUAGAGACCACAGUACAUAUUUCUAUGUUUCAUUUUGUGCACAGUACGCCUCGUGGGACCUAGCCUUUCACAUGCUCCCCUUCUGCAAAGUGGAUCCUGAGUUUGCCAAAGAUCAGUUGCUGCUUUUCCUCCGCGAGACUUACAUGGCGCCAAACGGACAGAUUCCCGCUUAUGAGUUUGCACUUAGUGACGUCAAUCCACCCGUACACGCGCUGGCCUGCUACCGAGUCUAUGAGCUGACCGGGAGGACUGGGAAGAAAGAUACUGUCUUUCUGGCAAAGUGCUUUCAGAAACUCCUUUUGAACUUUACUUGGUAAGAAGAAUCAAAUAACUAGAGGAUUUUUUUGGUUUUUAGAAAAAACAUAUGAAAUGAUCUGAACAAAUGAUAGUUUGACGUUGAAUGCGUGUUGCCGAGAUAGCUCAGUUGGGAGAGCGUCAGACUGAAGAUCUGAAGGUCCCUGGUUCAAAUCCGGAGGGCUCGCAUGAGCUCUGAAUAAUCCCGGGUCUCGGCAAUGCUUUUUAUUUUUGUAGUGCUUCUCUUUUCCUCUUUCUUUAAGUGUUUUCUAAGAUUAAAGUUUUGGCCUCCUACAUUAUUAUUUACGACCUUUAGCCUAUUAACGCAAAACAACUGGCAUUCUCAGCAGUCUUUCCCCAAACAUCAAAUAUUCACCCUACGAUUUUGUCAUUUGCAGGUGGGUCAAUAGGAAAGACCCUGAAGGAAAGAACAUUUUUGGCGGAGGCUUCCUCGGACUGGACAACAUUGGUAAGCACGGCAUGUUAAAUCAGAUCAAUACCGUUGAGUGUCUAGGGUACAUCUGGUGCAAACCACGUGGUUCAGCUAACGGAUGUUUUGUUUGAUUGUAGGUUUAUUUGACAGAUCAAAACCUCUUCCCCCUGGAGAUCGCCUUUGUCAGGUAAAGAUUGUGAUUUUCUCAACAACAAGCCCCGUUCCCAGAGCUUGGCCUCUCCAAAUUUCUAAGGCAAAGUCCGGGGAAGGAAGCUUCAUUCUUUGCUAUCUGCAAGCAUUUAUUGUUAAAAUACAGAUUUUUAAAUACUACUGUAGUUUUGAAUAAAAAUCUAUGAUUUUUCAAAAUAGUCAUGUUUUAGCUAAAUAGAUUCCCUAAACCUAAAAGACUACACACGCUCAGGUUUUCCUAAUAUAAACUCGUUUUUGGAUCUUGCGAAUCAGGAUUGGAUCCUAUGUGAAUUGAUUGAGAUUUGUUUAGGAACGACUGGGAUAUUUUUCAAGGCUUGUAACUGUUGUCCACCCAUCCAUAAGAAAAUCGAAUUCAAACCAGCCGCAUCCCUGGGCUAUUCCCUUGGAAUCUAGCGGGUAGGGGAGAGAGGGUUAUCCAUUUUCUAAAGUCGGCCUUGAAGACAAUGUUGACAUUCAAACGUAGUACAUAGCAGGGGAUUGGAAUCUUCAUCUUUGGUUUCCUCUUGUUAUAGGCUGAUGGAACUGCAUGGAUGGCCAUGUAUGCUGUUGUGAUGCUCAACAUCUCUUUAGAGCUCGCUCUAUCUGAUUCUGCUUACGAAGACAUGGCCAUUAAGUUCCUGGAACAUUUCACCAGCAUUGCGGACGCCAUUAAUCAAAUGUCGGAUGGGUUUGGACUUUGGGAUCCACAGGACGGAUUCUAUUACGAUCACUUCCACAGAGGAGAGGACUUCUUUCCUCUGCGCGUGCGUAGCGUGGUUGGCCUGAUUCCCCUCAUGGCCUGCUUGGUGCUGGACGGAAAAUACCUCGAAAAAUUGCCCGGGUUUAGAAAACAGUUAAAAUGGUUCAUGGAAAACAGAAAAGAUCUUGCAGGACAGGUUCGUUGAUGAGCACCCACAAAGUAAACCCAACGAAGCAUAGAAGAUUUAUCGAUUUAUCGAUCCACUCACGAAAUGAAAUUCAUUUAUGAGACGACACAUGAAGACCAAAAAAUAUGAGUGACACUCUCUGAGACAAAACUAAUGAUGAAAAACCAAAAUAUGGAAGAAUUAAAACAAACAUGACUGAGUUUUGUUGAAACCGAGUGACGUUGAUAAUAACCCCUCGCCAAGAAUCACUAACAUCAAUUUUCUUAAAACAACGUUAAUAUUUCAUAAGACAACAGGUUAUGAGAAGUGCUUUUCUGUUGUCAAAUUCUCUCAACUAAUUACUUAAGGAAGUGUAUGGGGAUCAGUCUGGAAACUUUUUGUCCGUCUGUCGCGUCUGACUACUUCAUUGUCUUCUAAUGAUGAAAUGAUAAGCAGUUAUUGAAUGAAGGCGGAGUGUGAUCUGAAGAAUUGUGCAAUGAACAACACCCUUCGAGAUCUGUAUAAUUAGCCAGAUCAUGCGAAAGCCGACCCCAAUAAUUUAUUGAUUAUUCAUUGAAAAAGAUUCAUAGCUUUGAGCCAAUCAGAAAACAGAGAAAAAUGUUAAAUGAAUAAUAAUGUCUCUUAUUUCAACAGGUUGCUUCCAAGAAUCCAAAUGAAGACUCCUAUCUCCUUGCAAUUCCUUCCCGCGAGCAGCUUCGUAGCAUGUUGUCCUACAUGUUAGAUGAAGAUGAAUUCCUGUCGCCCUAUGGAAUCCGUUCAGUGUCGCGUUACCAUGAAAAACAUCCUUACGAACUGAACUUAGAUGGAACAACAUACAAAGUGGACUAUGUCCCCGGAGAAUCGAACACGCACAUGUUUGGAGGAAACAGCAACUGGCGAGGACCGAUCUGGCAUUGUAGUAAGUAUUGAAAAACUUUGUUUUGGUUUCCUUUGUUUUGUUUCAUCACAGGGUACCCAGGCUGACAACAGCCAACUUUGUAUGGAAAUUUAUCUAAAUUUCAAUUCCUAUUCUGAGCGUGGGGUCCCUGUGGUGCAAUCAAUCUGAGUGGUCGUAAAAAGCCUGAAGACAUAUUCGCAAAGUUUAGAUAUCUGUAUCAGAAAAGAACUGAGACUUUUCUUCCGUUUAUUUUCAGUUAACUAUCUGAUCGUUGAAGCACUUAAACGGCACGAUUACUUUUACGGAAACAGCUUUAAAGUUGAAUGUCCAACAGGCUCUGAAAAUCUAAUGCGUCUAAGAGACGUCUCCAUGGAACUUUCCCGCCGUUUGGUAUCAGUAUUUCUUCCAGAUAAACUUGGUUACAGGCCCUGUCAUGGAAAUGAGGACCGAUACGCAACGGACGAGGACUGGAACCGACUGGUGUUGUUCUACGAAUACUUUGAUCCGGAGAGCGGAAGAGGAUGUGGGGCGAGGUGAGAAAAUAAAACAGUGAGCUUCAUGUAUCAUUUGAUAAUUUAUGCUGCCAACCUUUAUAACGAAAGACUACUUAGCAAUGAUCAUUAGCGAGGUCGAUCAAAUCACCUUGAUGAAAGUGUCCGCAUUCACAGACGUGUUCGUGUGAUCCGUGAGUUAAAGCAACCUCCUUCCCAGGUCUUCUCCCUCGCCAAUUAAUUUCUUUAAUUGGAAUAUUAAGAAACCCUUUUGCAUCUAGUUAUUCACUUGGUACAAAACCGCCUCGCUGAAGGGCAAGGGAUACAAUGGGAUAAGACAAAUCAAAGGUUUAAAUCACUUGUCAACCUUUGAAAUGGUAAUUUCCUUUGUUUGUCUUGUCUUCGUGCUUCUCUUGCUCUCCAACAUGGUGCUUUUGUACCACAAAAAUGACCAGCUGCAAAGGGCCUACAGCAUGACUUCGCUCAUCGAAUCGAUCUUCUUUUUUUCGACCCUUCAAACCUAAGAAAUCUGUCUUUCCUCUCUUGAUUGAUCAACUUGACUUAUUUAUCAACAAGCUAAUCGACGCAUCCGCUUUCUUUUAUUUCAGUCACCAAACUGGUUGGACAGCUCUUGUCGCUCCACUACUCGAUAAAAUCGCUGCCACGAGGACCAGAGACGUCAUCCAAAACGCGAUAAAACGCCCUGACUGUUAA